CCCAACAGUCACCGUUCCACUUCAAGUUCCUCAUCGUAACUUUUACCAGAGAACAACCUUUGCCAUGCUAUUCUCUACCAAUAUCACCGCGGCCGCGUUUCUCCUCGCCGGUAUCGUAUCUGGGCAGACACCGGUGGACUUUUCCCCCGAGGUCAAGGACAAGCUGGAGAUGCACUUUGGGAGCAGAAUUGUGGAAACACCCGGCGCCAUUUUGACAAGAACAGAAACCGCAAGACAACCGACUAUCGGCACCAGCGACGCACGCUUGACAGGCGCGUCCUACCUAUGGAUGAUGAUAGACCUCGACGUGUCAGCUCUGGGCUCUCCGUAUUAGUUCUUUUUCACUCUCGUUUCAUGCUCUCUUU